AUGGCGGAGGGACAUCGGAAUACACUUCUGGCACUCAUGCAACAGGAUGGGAAUAACGAAUGUGCCGAUUGUGGGGAGAAAAAAAUUGACUGGGCAUCACCCACAUUUGGUGUGUUCUUGUGUCAGGAGUGUGCAGGCAUUCACAGAGGACUGUCAUCUCCCCAGAGUAGAAUCAAGUCUCUGUACUUAGAUAAGUGGGAUGAAGAUCAGGUGCAGGUGAUGAGAACAAUUGGCAAUAAUCAGGCCAAGCUGAAAUAUGAGCUGCACGUGCCAGUCUACUACAAGAAACCCACCAGCCAGUCUGUUUAUGUACUUAAGAAAGAAUGGAUUAUAGCAAAAUAUCAGCGUUUAGAGUUUACAGACCCUGCAAGACAGUCGGCUUAUGACUGUGAGACUAAGACGGGAUAUUUGUGGAAACUGGGGAGGGACAGAAAACAAUUUGCCCAGCGUCGAUUUGUUAUCUCUCGUUCAGACAACACCCUCUGCUACUAUGUUAAUGAAGAUUCUAACAAGCAAAAACAACCAAAAUCUGUGGUGGACCUAGACUUCCUGAAUGCAGUUUUUGUACCAGAGAAGAUAGGAAAUCCUUUUGGUCUGCAGCUAACAUAUAUUAAAGAUGGGUCGACUAGAAGUUUGUUUCUCUACUCAGAUACAUCUAAGGAAAUUGUGGACUGGUUUAUGUGCAUCCGAGCAGCCAAGUGGGAGAGAAGGAAGAUUGCUUUCCCAGAUAGGGAUUUGGCACAGCUUUCUGAAGACUUGACCAGUGAGUUCUUGAUGGAAGGCUGGUUAAGUAAAAUGGGACCCAAGAAUGAGCCCUUCAAGCGGAGAUGGUUCACGCUUGACUGCAGGAAGCUAAUGUAUUUUGAAGAACCUCUGCAUGCUUAUGCUAAAGGUGAGGUGUUCAUUGGUCACAAGGAUGCUGGCUACAGACUCAGUAUGGGAGGGGAGGUAGGAUGUAGGAAGUCUGCGACUCCCAGUGCUAGCAACUACUGCUUUACUCUUCAUACGCCAGAGAGGAACUUUGUGAUGCGUGCAGAGACACGAGAUGACCUGGAAAAGUGGGUGAUGGCAUUAGAAAGGAUAUUAGAGCAGCCUUUGACACCAUAUGACAGCAAAUUGGCAGCUCUUCUGGUUCCGAAAAAAGCUUCAAGUACAUUCCGACUCAUCAAAAGGUAG